AUGGCCCUCCGCUCCAGCGUGCUCCCGACGGCCGUCGUGGCUGCCGUGUGCCUCGUGGCGCUGCGCGGCCUACUCGCCCCGGGCCCGAGCCAGGCCUUCGCUGCGCCAGAGGUCGGCCUCACGCAGUCGGUCCACCGCCAGUGCAGGCCCGUGGCGGGCGGCGACCGCGCCCUCGCCUCCGGCGCUGCCCCAGCCGUCCUGAGCACCGUUCCGGCGCGCCCAGGCGUCGCCGCGCACUUCAAGGUGACGCUGGAGACGCCGGACGGCACGCAGGAGUUCGAGUGCCCCGAGGACGUGUACAUCUUGGACCAGGCCGAGGAGGAGGGCCUCGAGCUGCCCUACUCCUGCCGCGCGGGCUCGUGCUCGAGCUGCGCGGGCAAGGUGCUGUCUGGCGAGAUCGACCAGUCGGACCAGGCCUUCCUGGACGAGGACCAGACGGGGGAGGGCUUCUGCCUCACGUGCGUGACGUACGCGACCUCGGACGUGACCAUCAAGACCCACUGCGAGGAUCGCAAGGUCGGGCGCGGCGGGGUGUCCCUCCUGCUGCGGACGCUAGCCACGGGCGGCUUCGACGGCCUGGCGGCGCCACCCGAGGAGGCGGACCUGCUGCUGGCCAACGCCUUCCCGACGCCGGCGCUGCUGGCGAAGCUGCGGCGGGGGUGCUCGCCAGCAAUCCCGGGGGAGCACGAGCUCGGCUGGAAGGACCGCCUGGCGCGCCUGCUGCGGGGCCUGCCGCUGGCGCCCGCGACCUUCGUGCUGCCGGGCGAGGCGGGGCGGCUGCGCCAGGGCCGCCACGUGCGGCUGGCGAGGGGCGCCCUCGACCUGGAGGGCGCCGCGGGGGAGCCCUGCGUCGUCUCGGAGUACGUGCCCGAUCCUCUGCUGGUCGGGGGGCGGAAGGUCGACGUCCGGGCCUACGUGCUGGUCGUGCAGGUGGAGCCCGAGCUGCGGGCCUUCGUCUUCCGCGACGGCCUGGUGCGCUCCUGCGGGGAGGAUUACGACCUCAGCGACGAGGGCAUCCGGCGCACCGGCGCGCACGUGAGCAACAACGCGGUGCAGACCAGGACGCAGCGGCACGCGUGCGGCCUCAACUGGACGCUGCGGCAGCUCUGGGCCUGGCUGGACGAGCACGGAGGCCCGGCUCCAGCCGUCGUCUGGGCGCGCAUCUUGCGGGCCGUGCGGGACACGCUGGCAGCCUGGCGGGAGCCGGCGGCCGCGGCGGCCGCGCGCGUGCCGGGGCUGGAGGCGGUUCGCUGUUGGAGUCUGCUGGCGUUCGACCUGCUGAUCGACCGGCAUGGCGACGCCUGGAGCUGCAGGUCAACCCCAAGCCGGCCCUCAGCGCGCAGAGCGCCUCCCUGA